GUCUCAAUCAUGAAGCGCCUACGGCAUCCAAAUAUUGUACUCCUUAUGGGUGCAGUUAUUCAACCCCCAAAGUUAUCAAUAGUGACAGAAUAUUUAUCUAGAGGCAGUUUGUUUGAACUUCUGCAUAUGGGCAAUGUUGGAUCAUCAAUUAGCGAGAGACAUCGUUUAUGUAUGGCUUAUGAUGUGGCAAGCGGAAUGAAUUAUCUUCAUCAAAUGAAACCUCCCAUUGUUCAUAGAGAUUUGAAGUCUCCAAAUCUUUUGGUUGAUAAUUCAUUCACUGUUAAG